AUGUUUGACUCCGAUACUGAAGUUCCUGAGGAAAUUUUACUGGAAUACGAAAAACUGCUGAAGAAAUCACAAUCUGAAAAUUUUGAUGAGCUGUAUAAUACAGACUUACUAAAAACAAUAGGGAAAGAUGGGUAUGGCUCUCAUAUUGUUUUAUUGAUUCCUUGUUUUAUAAUAUCAUCUGGAGCGGAUCCUGAGAAAACAUUGAGAUAUGUAAUCAUGACUUUAGAUCCUAUUGUAAAAGAAAAUUAUGUGCUUGUGUUAUGUGAAACGCACACAAAUUGGCUUAGCAAUAUGGUUUAUGGAUAUGCAAAGCAAUGGUAUGAUACUUUGCCAAGAACAUAUAAAAAAAACCUGAAAAAAUUGUACCUAGUACAUAGUGGUUUUUUUUCCAAAUCUUUGCUAACUAUAUUAACCCCAUUUGUAUCAACAAAAUUUUGGAAAAAAGUUGAAUACAUCGAAAAAUUAGAAGAUUUGUUUUUAAAAUUAAAUAUAAAUCCAACUGAAAAUUUAAAGCAUUUUCCUUAUAUUGUACAAAGAAAUGAAGAAGUAAUAUUAGGAGACGGGACACCUAUAUCACCAUUUUCUGCGGAUUUAGAAAUAUUAUGUCAACGAUUUGGAAAAAGUUAUAAUGGUUUUAAGCAUAUCCCUUCUAUACUUGUAGAUUUUUUAACUUAUUUAUGCAAACCAGAGACAAUUACAACAAAAGAUUUAUUUUAUUUACAAACAGAUGCAAAUACAAUAUAUAAUAUAAUUGGAGAUAUAGAAUAUGGGGAACCUACAACUGAUUUUAGUAAUAUUCCUUCUUUGGUAUGUUCAUUUAGAUUGUUUUUAGAUACACAAAAACAUGGGUUAUUAGGAAAAGAUGCAUUUACGCGAUUAUAUCAUUUAAAAACAGUAUCAGCAUCAAAUAAAACAAUAAAAGAAAAUAUUAAAAAAUUAUAUAAUAAAUUAAAACCAGGAACUAGAGACUGUAUAUUAUGUAUAUUACAAUUCUUUCAGACUGUUUCAAAAUAUUCAAAUGAAAAUAAUAUGACUAUAGAAGCAUUAGGGAAAAUAUUUGCACCAACCUUUUUUAAGCCCCAAAAAACACAUUUUUUAUUUGUGGAAUGUAUACCUAUGGCUAAUAAGUGCAUGCAAUUGCUUAUCGAAAGUCCGGAAUUCUUAAUAGCCAAAGAUACUAACGAUACAGAUAGUGAUAGCGAUAGUUCAGAGAGCACUGAUCAUGAUACAAAUUCAGAUGCAGAUAAAAGUGAAAAUUCAGAAACAAACGAAUCAAGUGAUGAAGAGGAGGAAAAAGGUAAGUCAAUCGAAUCAAAUAAAACUCUAGGAUCUGGAUAUUCUAAUAGUGCAGAAAAUUUAAAUAAAAAAAAUAUGAACGAAGUAGAUGGAAAAGCACAACCAGAAGCAGAAUCCGAAGAAUCUGAAAAUGAAUCAGAAGAGUCUGAAGAUGAAUCAGAAGAAUCAGACGACGAAUCUGAGGAAUCGGAAGAAGAAACAAAAAAAGGGCAAGUAAAGGAACAGGAGUCGAUUGUAUCGGAAGGGAAAAAGGUUGUAUUCAAAAGGGAAAGUGAUACUAUAGAAUGA